UGCUUCUGUCCCUGUGCACAUUCUUCGUCCUUGGACGGGUUAAAUCCUGAAAGGAUAUCAAAGAGAAAUAACGAAGUUUUCUUUCUUUUCUAUUUAUGCAGGCCGCUGUGAUGAGUUCUCACUACUGGGCCAACAAGAUCAAAGACGGGAGCUUUGAAUCUACCGAUGCCGCUAGCUUCUGCUCGGAUCUGCGACUCUUGUGCAAGGACGACGUCCCGAUAGCCGACUCCUCCUUCGACUUCUACGAGCCUCCAUACGUUCUCGACAUCUCCAGCAGGGGGCGCUUCUUCCCCGCCACUCUCCUCGUCGAAGGCACCACGCUCGCCAUGGCCAACCCCAGCUACGCCCCCGCUCCGGCGAGGCCAUUCCUCCCAUACUCGGUGUCUCAGCAGCUCAAGAUCAACACGCAAAGCCUGCCCGAGCUCAAGAAGAUGUUUGGAAUCCGAGACGGCUCCAACAUGGCAAUCAACCUCCAAAAAGCCGCGACAACGUGCUCCGCCCCCGACCACACCUGCGUCUCCUCGAUCAAAUCCAUGCACGAAUUGAUCGUCUCCAAGCUGGGGACGAGCUCCGUGAGAAUGCUCCAGACCAUCCUCCCGCAAGGACUCGCGUCCACCUUCAACGCCACCAUCGCUCGAGUCGACAAGAUCAGCAAAACAAGGCCCGAAACCGGCGACGAGGAGCCCAACGUCUCGUGCCAUUCCACCAUGUUUCCCUUCCAGCUCUACUCGUGCCACUCGCUCCCGAACACGCAGAUCUUCACUGUCGGGUUUGAUACUGUUGACCACACUGACGGGAAGUCAAUCCUCGUUGACUAUGUGGCGGCGUGCCAUGUCGAUACCAGCACCUGGAAUGCAGACUUUCCGGCGUUCAAGGAGUUGGGCAUGCAGCCGGGCAAGGGCGCGGUUUGUCACUGGAUUGGAGGGCUGGACAUCGCUUGGGUUAGAGAAUAA